CUUUUAUUUUUUUUUUAUUUUCCUUCCUUUUUUACACUUUUUUUAAAGCAAAGUGAACAAAACACUCUACAAAAUAAAGAAGGGAAAAGGGAUAUUUUGACAAAGAAGCAAUAUAAAAAAGGAGAACUAAAGACAAAAAAAUAAAGAGUAUAUCUUUUUCUUUUAUAAUCAACAUACAUUUAUACAUCAAAAGAAAAAAGAAAAUGUCUCAAACAGAGACAAUCCAAACAGAUAGUAAAAAUAUAACCAACAGUGACAACAGUACUUUACAACAGCCAUCAGAAUCUCUAAAAACGAAAAAAGAAAAGGGAAAGAAGCAAGUAGAUCCAGAAUAUGUCAAAUCACCCAUCAGAAGUAGUAAUGGCAACAGUAGGCCAUCUUCAACAGGAUCACUAAAGCCUUUUCAAAAAGGGGGCUUCCUAUCAUUAUUAUUAUGUUGUACAGUUGGAGCAGGUUCUUUUCUCGACAAUAGCGAUAAAUCUUCAAUUAACAACAAAAAGAAUAGACAUCAUAAAGAAAAGCGACAACCAAAUGCUGAUACAAAAGUAGUCCCACCUAUUCCUUCUUCGCCAUCUACUACAACUACGACCACAUCUCCCGUGACAGAACAGUCAGCAGAAAUAGAGAGCUCAGAUCAUAUUGAUUCGAAUCAUUUAAAGAACGAACAUGAAGAUAUACCUCAAUCCAUGACCCCUACUUCAUCUCCUGGCCCCCAAUCUGAAGGCCCGAUUGUAUGGUUACUGCCUCCAUUGUCCAAUGAAGAUAAAGAGAGAAAAUGUCUUGUUCUUGAUCUGGAUGAGACAUUAGUACACAGCUCAUUUAAAAUCAUUCCAAAUCCUGAUUUCAUUGUACCUGUAGAAAUUGAUAAUCAAUACCACAAUGUAUAUGUAUUAAAACGACCAGGCGUUGAUGAAUUUAUGAGAAAGAUGGGAGAAAAGUAUGAGAUUGUAGUAUUUACAGCUAGUUUGGCCAAGUACGCAGAUCCUGUGCUAGAUAUGCUAGAUGUUCACAAGGUGAUAAAACAUAGAUUGUUUAGAGAGUCAUGUUAUAAUCAUAAAGGGACUUAUGUAAAGGACUUGUCACAAUUGGGUCGUAAUCUCGCAUCUACGCUCAUACUCGAUAAUUCGCCUGCAAGCUAUAUAUUCCAUACAUCCAACGCUGUACCCAUUUCAACUUGGUUUAACGAUCCUCACGACACUGAAUUAACUGAUUUAGUUGCCUUUUUAGAAGAUUUAACUGUUGUUGAUGAUGUACAAUUAGUAUUAGAUAAUUCAAUUUAUUCUAAUACCACUGCAACCACCAUUACUUGAUUAUAAUUUAUGUCUUUCCCCUUUUGCUAUUACUAUUACUACACUUACUUCCUCUCUUUUCGUUUCUUAGCAUACCCCAUUUCCCCCCUCUUUUUUUUUUGAUUCUCUUUUACUUUAUCUUACCUCUGCCCCUUCCUUUUAUUUCAUAUUAAAAAAUAUUUUAAGCAAACAUAUAUAUGAUGUUUUUCUUUAUAUAUAAAAAAAUAUAUUGGCAACAUAAUAAAUAAACUGAUUCAGGUAGCAUAGCAUCUCUCUCUUUCUCUUACUUGCUCCCUUCUAUGGCACUCUAUUUGCAUUACGAUGAUAGGCAAUCAUCAAGGAAACUUAAUGUACUAGAGAUUAUGCCACUUUUUGGCAGGAGCUUUACAAUGUCUUUUUUUCAGAUCAACAAUAAUAAUAAAGGAGA